AUGGCGCUUAGAUAUUUGGUUACCAUGGUGGCGUUGGCACUGCUGUCAGAAAUAUUACCAGCGGCAAGUUUUAUACGCUACCUGAAUAACCCGUGCCUCAGUUCCCCGGAUUCAUGUACCGGCAAUCUUGACGGCAACUACCCGAUCUGCCACCCUGGGUGUCAGAGCGGCGACUACAUCGCUUGUUCCAACGGGUUCGGCUAUAUCAUGCCAUGCCCAGUUGGGUGGUACUCAGGCAAUGGCGGAAGCUUCCUGAAGAAGAUGAUGUAUGAUCCUUCAAGUGAUUCUUGUGAACUGUCAACGCCGCACUGUCUUCGGCUGGGCGAGUCGUCACCAGCGACCCCAAUAACCACCAUCCUAACAACCACAACCCCUGCAGCAGAGACCUCAGAAACAACAACCCCACAAAUAACGACCCCAACAACAACUCCAACAACAAACAACUUAACAACAUCAAUGACCCCACCAGAAACAAUCACCCCAACAACAACUACCUUAACCACAUCAACAAGCCCGUCAGAAACAACCACCCCAACAACAGAGUCUUCGAUAACAACGCCCCCUACAAUAACAAGCAUGAACCCAUCAACAACGAUCCCUACAACAACCACCCCAAGAACGCCAGAAGCCUGUAUGGCCGCGAUGGCUCCAACCUGCAAGGGUCUACCGAACGGAUCCUACCCAGCGUGUCCUCCAGAUUGUAGAAAUGGUCUUUAUUUUCUCUGCGAAAAUGAACUCCAUAAACAAAAGACCUGUGAGAGACUGUUUCACCCAAUCUUUGGCUAUGUCCAGGGAGUGUUCGAUCCGCCAGUCGGAAGAUGCCGGUUCUAUUCCGGUUCAUGCCCAACACCAUAA